GCGCUUCCCGGGGGUGGCCAUCUACCUGGCCGAGCCGCGCAUGGGCCGCAGCCGCCGGGCCUUCCUCACCCGUCUGGCGCAGUCCAAAGGCUUCCGCAUCCUAGAUACCUACAGGUGUGCGGCUCCCGCGAGGGCCCGGUGUUGGUGGGAUGCCAGCCUCGCGGGGGGGCUGGUAUAAGCCGGACACCCAAUGUAUGGACCCCCCGUGGCCCAGGGCGGGAGAUGGUUCGCAGCUGCGGACGGCAGCACCUGCGGCUUUGGGUUCUAAGCCAGGCCUGGCACUUCGCGGUUACAGUACCUUCCUCCAACUCGGAGUUCCUCUUUUUUAAAACGAUGCCAUCAAGCCAGAGACUUUUUAAAGAUCCAUACAAGGAAAAGUAGUUAGUGAGCCAUAUUUGCUAGCUGCUCUCCCUCCCAGUGAGCCAGUGGUCAAGGAUGUCCUGAGUUUGCAGAAGUCACCAACCAGCUCCUGUAGAGAACAUGCCCAGGGCAAUGGAGUAACUUUGCGACUGAAAGUAAUAAAGGAACUUGGAGCCUGGCCUCCUUAGGCUGGCUAGCUUGUUUGCACCUCCCCCGCAAAUAAUGAAACGUUCCUGAAGACUGGUGCACCCGACUCACAUAAGAGUGAAGAAAACAACUUGGAUUGCACAUGGCUCUACGUUUUUACAACAGCCCGACAAAAUAGUUUACGUUGGAUUUCUCCAAUCUCAGAGGUGACGCAUGUGGUGAUGGAGCAGACCUCAGCCGAGGAGGCCAUCUGCUGGCAGAAGAACAUGGAUGCUCUUCUCCCAGGCAGCCCCCAGCCAGUUCUGCUGGACAUCAGCUGGUUUACAGAGAGCAUGGCAGCAGGGCAGCCUGUCCCUGCGGAGGUCCGGCACCACCUGGAGGUACCUGAACCCAGGAAGGAGCCCCCAAGCUCAGUGACGAUGCCAACUUACGCCUGUCAGCGUCCCACGCCUCUCACACACCAUAACACUACCCUCUCAGAGGCUCUGGAGACACUGGCAGAGGCAGCAGGUUUUGAAGGCAAUGAGGGCCGUCUCCUCUCCUUCUCCAGAGCAGCCUCGGUGCUCAAGUCUCUUCCCUGCCCUGUCACAUCCCUGAGCCAGCUGCAGGGGCUGCCCCUCUUUGGAGAACAUUCCUCUAGAGUAAUCCAGGAGCUGCUGGAACAUGGAACAUGUGAGGAGGUGGAACAAGUUCGCAGCUCAGAAAGGCACCAGACCAUGAAGCUCUUCACCCAAGUCUUUGGGGUUGGUGUGAAGACUGCCAACCGGUGGUACCAGGAAGGCCUGCGAACCCUGGAUGAACUCAGAGAGCAGCCCCAGAGACUGACCCAUCAGCAGAAAGCAGGGCUCCAGUACUACGAGGACCUGAGCACCCCAGUUGGGCGAGCUGACGCAGAGGCUCUGCAGCAGUUGGUGGCGGCCGCUGUGAGACAGACCCUGCCCGGGGCCACUGUCACGCUGACUGGCGGUUUCCGGAGGGGGAAGUUAGAAGGUCACGAUGUGGACUUCCUUAUCACUCACCCUGAGGAGGGCCAAGAAGUGGGGCUGCUGCCCCGAGUGAUGAGCCAACUACAGAGGCAGGGACUUGUCCUGUAUCACCAAUAUCAUCGCAGCCACUUAGACUCUGCCCACCUCCUGCGGCAGAACUACACCAUGGACGCUUUUGAGAGGAGUUUCUGCAUCUUGUGCUUGCCCCAACCCCCACACGCAGCUUUAGUGGGGGGCCUGCAGCCCUGUCCAGCCUGGAGAGCUGUGAGGGUAGAUCUUGUGGUCACCCCCAGCAGCCAGUUCCCCUUUGCUCUUCUUGGCUGGACUGGCUCCCAGCUAUUUGAGCGGGAGCUACGGCGUUUCAGCCGGCAAGAGAAGGGGCUGUGGCUGAACAGCCAUGGGCUGUUUGAUCCUGAGCGGAAGACAUUUUUCCAUGCAACUUCUGAGGAAGACAUUUUCAGACUCCUGGGCCUCAAGUACCUUCCUCCAGAGCAGAGAAAUGCCUGAUCCUGCCUGCUGGCCACCACACCCACCCACAAAAAAUGAGGGGUCGCCUCACGUUUGACCAGGGAUGUUUGUGGACAGAAUGUGCUGACACCGCAUGGCCUCACCUGUGCAAAUGGAGUUUUCAGCUGCAGCGGGGACAUUGGCAAGGUGUGACCCUGAGUCAGCUUUCAACCGCCACACUCCCCAGGGUUAGGGGCCCUGAGCAGUUCGUAGAUCAUGGAACUAUGGCAGAGUCUGAAGUUUUGGUUCUGGUCCUGGUGUGAGCAUUUGAUCUGUCCAGCUGCUGUCUGCUGCAGGGUACCCUACUCAGUGUGCCGGAAAAGAGACCCGUGUGCCUGCCCUGUGCUUGAGCUGAUAUGGGAACUAUAAUUCUGGUUGUGAGGUGAUGCACAAGAAACCUGAGUGAGGGCUGUGCUGCAGAAUCUGGAGAAGGAAGUGGCCCAAGACAGAAACCUGGUGCUGCUGGGAGCCACAACCCACAGCUGGGCCCCAGACUUCAUAAGUGGCACAGCCCCAGAGUCCUCUUCCACAUGCCUCCUCUUCCACUCACAGCUGUUGCCCCCCUCACACUCUAGCCUGGGCUGAGCCUAGCCUGCCUACCCACAAUCCCCUGUGCAUCCACAGCCCCACAGUGAAUCCUGGGACAGAGACUGUGCAGCUCAGCCUGGCAGCAAUAUUGAAAACCAUCAGUGGGCAGCAGCUGAGUGCUCUUGCUGUCCUGAGUUGUGAGGUGCAGGCUCCCCGGUCCUGUCUCUCAAAGACAGUCGCUCUGCCGCUUCUGAAAGCCCCUGCAGCAGUUCCAAACCUGCAGUCCUCACGCAGGUCCUGUGGCUCUGGCAUUUCUGUCACCUCUUCCAGUCUCAGCUGUAUCCCUCUAGUUAAGCCACCCCCCUUCCCAGUUCACUUCCCAUGCCUGUUUGCAGACCCUUUGUGACCAAAUCCUUCACCUACUUGAGGCAGAAGCACUGACGUGGACUCAGCACGACGUCCUCCAUUUCCCUCACACCCCUGGCACCCUCUGGCUCAGAAGGCCCUUGCCUUUGCCUACUGUCCACCCAGUGCCCACUCUCCCUGACAGAGGAGAGCCUCCUAGACCAAUCGCCACAUUGUGAGUAUUUUAAAGAUCAACAUUCAAUAAAAUGAAUUAUUUUUCUUC